AUGGAUCUCAAGGUGGUCUGUGCCCUCUCCAUCACCCUCCUCAUAGCCCUCAGCACCCUGGCAGAGGGGAGUGCACCUCCAACAAAAUGCCAGUGUAAAGUGGUUCCCAGAGAGAGGACAAACUGUGGCUACCCAGGGAUCUCAGCAGCAGAGUGCAAGAAAAUUGGGUGCUGCUUCAACGCCUCAGUCCCCAGCGUGCCCUGGUGCUACAACCCCAAACAAAAGAAAGUGAAGAAAGUGUGUCCCAACGACCCCUACAGCAGGAUAAACUGUGGCUACCCUGGCAUCAAGGCCAGGGAGUGCACAAGGAAGGGCUGCUGCUUCAGGGCACACCCCGCCGGUGUCCCCUGGUGCUUCUACCACCGCGUCGUGGAGGAAGCUUGUUAA